CGGCAGCGUAGGGCGGGUCAGUCGCGUGCAACAGGUCUUCCUCGUUAACCGGAAUACAAUAGUCUGUAAGUGUACAAAAACCUGGACUGGAUAAUAAUAAAGAAACAAGAUGGCUGCUCAGACCUACAUCGCCAUCUCAGAGCUUCAUCCCAACUUCUCUCAUCCGAAAGUGGCGGGGAUUGUCAUCGGGAAAUCUGAUGUCAAAGGCUUUCCUGACAGAAAAAAUAUUGGUGCGGACAGAUUCACUUUUAGCUUCACCAUAAAGGACUCACCCGAUUUCUUCAUUAAUGUGACAGCCUGGGGACACGAUGGGUACAUCAUCGGGCUGUCCAACAGCUUCAACACAGGAGACUGUGUCAUCAUUGACAAUCCGUUAGUCACCAACAAAGACCCAGAGAAAGGGGACAGAUUCUGUCCCACAACACCGAGCCUCUACAGGCUGCUGGUGUCGGAGGCUCACUCUCAGGUGUGUCUGUGUGCUGACAUGGACACCAUCGACAGGCUGCUGCCACUCAUUCACCUGCCAGUGAAGGACUCCAGAGAUUUCUACUCUCUGGGAGACAUCGUGGCUAACGGGCAGCAGCUGGACGGGUCUGUGAUAAAUAUACUGGCAGCAGUGAAAUCGAUCGGAGAGCUGAAGCAGUUCACCACUUCUGACAGACGCAAAGGGCAGCGGCUGGAAGUGAAGCUCUUUGAUGACUCCGUCUCGUCCUUCCCUCUCGUCUGCUGGGACAGAGAAGCCAUUCAGCUCGUGCAAACUAUGAUACCAAAGGAGACGGUUCUCUUCAUCGCCGACGCAAAGAUUAGCUUUGACAGCUUUCGCAACGGCAUGACAGCAACUGUUAACUCCAAAACCAUUAUCACUGUCAAUCCUGACACCAGAGAGGCCAGUCUGCUGUUCAGCUACGCCAAAGAGGCGUCUGAGUCUGGAGUUUUGGAUCAAGAUGAGAAGCCAGAAGAUAUUCCUGUGGAGUCCAUCACGGACGUGUACACAGUGAGCCAGCUGAAGCAGAAGGCCCGGGUCGAUCCCGAAGCUUUCUUCGGCAUCACGUACAGCUUCAUCUCCAGACUCGACCUCGACUCCUCUGUGUCAAAAGUCAUCAGGACACGCUGCUCCAGGUGUAAGUUUCAGGUGACUGAGGACCUCCAGAGCUGCUCCUACCAGCUGUGUCCAGGACGGGAUCAGGCCCUUUCAGCCUCCACAGGCUUUGACCUGCUGGUGGACCUGACAGACCACACGGGCACCGUGCAGGCCUGCGCCCUCAGGAGCCCUGUGGCAGAGAAGACACUCGGCUGCACAAUGGAGGAGUUCACCAGUUUGACUGAUGAUGAGCGGACUGCAAUGAAGUGGAAAUUUCUUUUGGAGAGAUGCAAAAUAUACGUGAAGAUCCUCCCCUCGAGUAAAACCAGGACUGGGAUCAGGGGGGUGGUCUUGGCAUGCUCGUUGGCGGACCCUGGAGAGGUGAAACAGCACAUGUCUGCUCUGCUGCGGCGGCUGUGAUCCCAACACACACACACACACACUGAGCAGGAAACGCACACGUGUGCUGUGUGACACUGUUC